AUGGAGCAAGACGGCGAGUCAGGCCCACGCCUGGCUUGGCGCAGUGUUAGGAAUGAAGACUUGCCGCCAAAAGGAAUCUCUGCUGUGGUCCGCUUCCCUUCUGAAGGGCCAGCAGAUGCAGCGAAACGGCAUAUUCUUUCCGAUUUCUUAACUUUUAAUGGAACGGCUACCAUCCUUGCUCACCGCUUGUUGCCUUCUCAGACAGUACAAGCAGUGAAUACGGCGGCAGCCAAGGUAGAUCUUGAGAGCUGCAAGGUGUCGGUUACAGCAGCAUCAGCAGCUAACAGCGGAGUGACGGCCUUGGCCGCAGCAGAGGCUGACGCAGCUGACGCGCCUCUGCAACUUUUCGUUGGUCUGGCUAAUGGACAGCUGUGGCACAUGGAAAUAAAACAGCAACAGGACCGUCAAAACAGCGAGCAAUGCGCAGAAAAACAGCUACCUCGCCGACUCUCUGUCGCCUCGAAGCAGCUGUUGUACUGUCGGAUGGCCGAACCAGUUGACAUGGCUUGCUGUUAUGUCCAAGGAGAAGACAUGGCAACAUCAGCUGUACGCCAGGAGAAUCAGAAAAGGAGCAUCAAAUACACCAUGAUGCUAAUUGCGUUGUACAGCGAUGGCGUUGCCGUUGUCUCGUGGCCAGAAACUGGUCACACGACAGAGAUCCUUCCUGUCGAUGGAGCCUGUCGUCUCACACUGUCAGCCCAAGGCUACCGCCUGGCUAUCAGCACCCGAAAGCGGCGCCUAGUUUUGCUGGAACGAAAUGGGCGGGAAUUCACAGUCGUAAAGGACUUUUCACCGCUUAAACUUGCAGGCCCCGCUGACCCGGCGGUCCAACCAACAUGGAUUGGGGAAGAAAAGCUGCUACUUCCAGGGGCCCCACAGCUGAGGAGCUCGUGCAAGGCGAAUGCGUGGGAGGAGGCAAAGGAGGUCCCAGCUCUGAGGGAAGCCGACGCCCCAUCCCACUUGGCUUUACUGCAGCACUGUGGUUCUGUUGUCGGAGAAAAAGCGCUUGAUGUAUCAGGAGAGUCCGUUGGCGGGACUGCUCAACUUAGGAGUAUUUGUUGCCUGGCCACCAACUCCUCCCUGGCCCCGUUGGUGCUGUUGCGAGACGAUGGUUAUUUGGGCAUUCUUAUUUUAUGCCCGGAGGAUAUGCAAGCUGCCAAUCAGGCGUCAGCCUCAUUUGUGCAUAGAGAUAAACUUGACGCAAAGGAGCAAACCACGCACAACCCUCAAAAACCUACGGUUGGAGAUGCAGAGGAAAGUGCGACUUCUGCGAGGUCCUUUAAAGACUUUUUGAGUCGGGAAGCGGCAGAAGCUUCGGCCGACGAAACGGAAAGUGAAGCGCAGGAAAAUGACCUGUUCAAUGGGAUGGACCCUGAGGAAAGAACCCCCCCUAAGAAACGCGCUCAUAAGCACCGCAGACGACCUCCAUCGGGAGCAGGAGAGGAGAGCCAAAGUAGCGAUACGGAUUCGGGCGGCUCCCGGCGGGCCUCCUUUGACGGCGAGGGAGUAUAUGCUGGCGGUACUGAAGUCUUUGCCUCCAGCCUCACUGCGCUGCAGUCGGAGUUGCAGGAGGCUCAGGCGAUGCUGAAUGCGUUGAUCAAGAAGCAGCACGCAACCAAGCAGAGGCUCAUCCAUCCAGGCGGUGGGCCCCAGCCAAAAGAUCCGGGGAAACCCUGGUGCUUGUAUUGGACGCAUUUCGGCCACAUCACCAAAACUGUGACGGCGGAAAACUCCGUUCUUGAUGUCUUUAAUUUUUCUCCUGGGGCAGUUGCUGAGGGAACGGCGCACAGAAAGCUUGCAGAUCUGCAUAAUUCCUCUGCCGCUGCUCUUUGCAGAGCUGGCGUUGUCUUGGCCGCUUCAGGAUCAUCUCGCAGUGUCAUGGAGUUUCGGACGCUGCGCAUAUUCACAUUAGGGGGGGUGCUGUUAUACACGGCCGACGUGUUUGGCUUCUUUGAUCUGGAAUCACCACUUGACUGGAUUGGCGUUUCCCCAGGAGGAAUGCCAGCAAUAAAGGACGUUUCAGGCAAGUCGGGAGUUGUGCGAGGUUUGUUGCCUGUUGGCUCCACGAAUAUAGGAGGAUUGGGUUAUGCUUUUAAGUGGGUGAAGCUUUGCUCGCUGGAGGAGGCCUCCGCAAACGCACCUCUCUUUCCAGUCGUCAUCGACGAAUCGAAAGGGGAGCUAGGUGUCGUACGGCUGAAGGCAGGAGAAGAAGGCCUUUCUUUUCCUGACUGUUCCGUUUCCGAAGCCUUCUUUGGAUACACGAUGGAGCAUAUUCCCCUUCGCAUACCAUCGCCUGAUCUGUGGAGCUAUCCCCGGUGGCAGAGGCUUCUGCGCCAUGACAAGCAGCUGAAAGGCGUUGGUGACGGGGGGGGAGAUGCCGCUCUGGUGCCCUGGCCUCAGUAUGACGAAUUGCGGCUGCAACAAGAAAUGGCCAUUAGGCAAUUGAAUCACUUCGUUAGCAUUUGUGGGGGAUCGGCGGUCGGUGGCGCCGAAGGGGAUGCUGAGGCCAGGGAAGCUCAGAGAAAGCUGCACCUUCUUAGCAAGCGGCACGAUAAAUUUUGCUUGCGAGGUUUUGCCAAGUGCACAGACGACAAACGGCGCAUCUUCGUUGUGCGGACGUUGCAGCUGCAUGGCGUGGCCAAGGACAUGGCACUGAGGCUUAAGACAGAAAAUGCCCCCCAGCACGCUCGUUCCCUCCUGGACAAUGAUACGCGCCUCCAAACAGAGUAG